AUGCCACCGAACGCGUUGGCCGGCAGUUCCUCUACCGCUGUGUUAUGUAAUAACAUUUCUUUGAAUUGUUUCUUAUCGGCCGGUAGUCUACGGCUCAGUGUGAGCGAGCUCAUUUACGGCUACCAGCAUGUCGAUUUGACGAUACAGCCAAACGCUGUGGGUAAGGAUGUAACGGAGGCGACGGUACGAAAAGUGAACUCGCUCAAAAUAGUGGCCAACGACCACGAAUAUUUGCUGAGACUGGCGUACGUCGAGUCACAAUUUGGUGACAAACCAUCGAGGUCAUUUGGCACUGCAAACGAAACCGGUGGAAUUUGGCAAGUGAGCAACGAGGUCCUAUUGGCCAGCCAAGACACCGUUGCCACGCCAUCGCUAACCAUGCUCAUUUAUAAGAUAUCGGCUAAAUUCCGCAUUAAUUGGUAUGGUGUGCGCGCGACUGAUUUGACCAAGCCACUUUAUUCAGCGUUGGCCGCACAGCUAUACACCAAAACACUGGCCGAACCCAUACCGGACACUAUGGCCAAGCAGGCAGACUAUUGGGCCAAAUAUUAUCACCCAGGUGGCUCGGCUAAGGUAUUCACCGACUCAGUCACCACAUUGCUAAAAUGUUUUGUGUGCCGAACAUGUACGGACAGUUGCAACGUGCUCGAUGGGUCGGGCAGUAUUGUCUCAGAUGAUUUUGAAAAAGCUCGCAAAUGGAUCAGGGACAGAAUCGAGGACUUUUACACGCCCGAUAUAAGCAGGUUCUGUUUGGUACUGUUCUCGGAUUCAACCGAAACUGUGUUUAAGCUAGAUGAUAGACUGACCAAACAAGAAGUUCUGGUCAAGAUUGAUGGUAUAGUCCAGCCUCGGGACGGAACCAACACCCGGGCCGGCAUGAUUGAGGCGCAGGACAUAUUCAAAGCAUCCGCGCAAAGGCUGGGCGUUCCCAAACAGAUCAUGGUAUUGACCGACGGCCAGUCCAACGAUGGCGUACAGCCGGCGCCCGGAUUGGCCAAAGCGAUGGGCAUUAAGACAAUGGCUUGGGGUGUGGGUCCUGGGGUUAACCAAACCGAGCUGCUUGAAAUUGCCAACGGCGACCCUGAUAGUGUUGAUUUAAUUAAUAAUUAUGACUCGCUAUUUGAAAAAACGUACAAGUUUAAAACAAUGAAAUGCAGCAUGGCACAAAAGCCGCCAGUUGGCACUGAGGUGGCAGACAAUUUGCUCAAGGGCGAAAAGAGAUUUUAUAAUUAUCAAUUGGGCGCAAACGGCAUAACUGUUAAUGUAGGCAAUAAAAAUAACGGUCAGGUUACUGGUUAUUUUUCGUUCACCCUGACCAAUCCAACGGCAGCCGAAAAUGAUGGUCAGUUUACCGGAUCGGCUAAUAUAGUUAAAUCUGGUGCCACUGAAGUGUUUGUGGCCAUAGAGGGUUCAGCUCCCGGUGACAGCCAUUAUUCUAUUAAGCCAAACGCUAUGGGUAGGGAUGUGGCCGAGGCGUCGGUGCGAAAAGUGAACUCGCUCAAAAUAGUAGCCGACGACCACGAGUUUCUAUUGAGACUGUCGUACGUGGAGAGCGGGUACGGCUGUUCGUACGCCAGCCUCAACACAACAGGUGGUCUAUGGGGUGUAAGUAGUGCUGUAUUUUUGGCCACCCAAGAUCCAGAAGCCACACCCGUGUUGACCAAGCUCUAUUUUAAAAUAUCAUCCAAAUUCCGCAUUAAUUGGCUAGAUGUGACUGAAGCCGAGUUGACCAAGCCACUUUAUUCAGCGCUGGCCGCUAUGCUAUACACCAAAACACUGCCUGAACCCAUACCGGACACGAUGGCCAAACAGGCAGAUUAUUGGGCCAAAUAUUAUCACCCAGGUGGCUCGGCUAAGGUAUUCACCAACUUGGUGACCACAAUGCAAAAUAGUUUUGUGUGCCGCACCCGUAUGGACACGUGUUUCGUGUUGGACGGCUCGGGCAGUAUAGCAAAGGACGACUUUGAAAAGGCUCGCAAGUGGAUUACAAUAUUCAACCUAGAUAAC